AUGAAGUUGAGAAGCUUUUUAGUCUCUCUCUCUCUCUCUGUUCUGUGUGCUUAUUGUUCUCGACGUUUCCACGGAGACGGAGUCCUUGUAAUUCGCAAUAUCGCAACCGUAAGGCUUCCUCUUCAUUUCUUUUAUGUUUUCCCAUUGAGCCUUCACAUAGCCAGAGUAAAACGGGUUUUCAUGUGA